AUGUCGUUUCGCUCCCUCGUCGUGACCCUGACCCUGUCUGCCAACGAGCCCCGGCCCGCUGCCCUUGUACGAGACCUCACGAUUUUGGACUUCCUUUCCUUUGACCACCGAAUCUCGUCCUUUGCCAAUCAGUUCCUAGCUAUCGAUAUCGCUUCAUUCGCUGUCGCGACCUAUCCCUUUACCGCCUCCACGCCGGCCGACUUGCCCCUCGAGAUCGGCGAUGAGUUGUACAUAAUAGAGGAGACGCCCGAUGGCAACUGGCUGCGCGGUUAUCUGGUCGCGCCCCCAGUUUGCUUGCCGCGACUCUGCGAAGAGCGGACUCAGCAAAAAGAAGAGGGCCCUGGACCGGCGCAGCUCGCUAGAAGCCAAGUCAGGGGCGCCGAGGAUAAGCUUCGCCUCCUCUCACCGCACCCCUUUCAAGGAGCUUGCAAACGGCACAUCCGGCGCGACCCUAUCGAUCCCUAUUCGUCGCGAUCCAAACGAACCUCCCCACCCGCGCCGGUGCCCAUGUUGAAGAUUGGCGAUGAAACCCCGACUUCGGCUCACGAACCUUUAAUCGACGAAAUCGCUUCCUGCCUGCGCGAAUGGCAUUCGACGAACCUUCACGAACUCCUCCUCACGCGACAGUAUUCCAAGCUCGACAAACUCUCCCACUUGAUCAAUUCCCUCUACUUUGCUCGACAACAAUUUCUCCACAAUGUCCUCACUGCCCACGAAUACGAGCGGCUACGCGAGAAAACGGUUUGGGACCUGGUCAAUGUCAACAAGCUGUGCGGCGGCGAGGUCAUCGUCCGUGAUCCUGCCCAACGUGGACGGGUGCUCACGGGAGAUGACUCGGUUGUGGAAAUCACUAAACUACAGACCAUGAUGAGUCUCUUGGAUGAGCCUCCGCAGCCUGUAACCGAGCUGACGGCUUUACACCACCUCAUGGUCGAUGUCAAGGGCUUCGCCGGCGCGUCUGCGGAUGACACAACGCUCGAGCUAUAUCUAGUGGGGAAACCCUUGGGCGGGCCUGCGGCAACCCUUUCGGAGACCUUUUCCGUCAAAACCCUUUUCACCGACCUUUCGGCUCAGGACAUUGGCGAUGUACCCUCCGCCGAGUCAGACCUCUUCCUUGUUAUCAAGGUGCGCGCGAGGCAGCCGAUCGCCGCCACCAACAACCCAGCGUCGCGCUCCGGAACCGGUCUCCAUACCCCCUUCUCGAAGGACUCCUCGAAACCGCCUGUAUCUUCUUCCAACGGCAAACAGUCGUCUCGACGCAGCCUCAUGUGGAACAAGGGGUCGCGGACGGCCUUCUCGAGAGGACAGAGCACGCCCAAGAUGGAGACUGUUUCCGAGAAACCCGAGGGCGCCCGACCACCUACAACCGGCGUUGAGAGUCGCGAUGGCAGCUUCCCGCCGAGCACCGCGGGCUCGAGGACGCAAAAGUCGUUGGAUGGCAACGCUACCAGCUCCUUUAGUGCCACCCGCACCAUAGGGAUUGGGAUCCUGCGCUUAAACGCCAUCAUGAAGUAUGAGGAGGAGGUGGAGCAGGUUGUCAGCAUCUUAUCCCCGGCCCCGCGCUCUAACCAAGACGGAGCAGAGAGCGGCGAAGACUGGGACUCUCUCGUCCGAGAACUCAUGGGCAGCCAACCGGGCCACUACGAAAAGUCUGCCCGAUCCGAGAGGAUCCAGCUGAUUCUCAAGGGCUUCAACAGCUCCGAUGCGGACAACCUCAUCCGCUCCACACCUACGCUGCUCUCGGGCAUUGGCAAAACGAACAAGAUGGGCUUCUCUGGUGCGCCCACGAAGCCCCGAUCCGAUAUUUACCUGACCCUCGACAGCGCCUCCCUUGCGAGGCAGAAUCUGCUCUCGAGGUAUGGAGGAAGUCCGGUCCCCAUCUCAAGUGCCAUGCAGGGCACUAACCUCCAGGUCAUCUUGGAGGCUCGGCGGUCUACCGGGGAGCGGGUAGAAAACUGCAUCUUCCCUUCCUCCAACACCGAAGGACUGACUACGUGGAAAUCGGUUGCGGUCGAGCGUGGGGAGGCGUGGAAGCAGACUAUACGUCUAAGGAUAGCGGCAAAGGACGUGCCUGAUACCCACAUUGUCGUGUUCUUGUCCGACGUGCCUAACACCCCCUUUGCCGUCGCUCACAUACCCUCUGGGACAAGCGUGCGUUCCGCCGGCCCCUCGGGCAAAGGCGGCUACCUCUCUCUCCCGUGGAGCGCCCGAGGCAAGGAUGAGCAAGCGGAAGUAACGGGGCCGGUUGCCGCGCUCCGUGUCGAGACCUACCUGUGCAGCACCCAGUUCUCGCAAGAUAGAGUCGUUCUGGGCCUGCUCAAGUGGAAAGAAGCGAGGGAUGAGAUUCCUACCACGUUGAAGCAGCUCAUCUUCGUCCCGGAAAUUGAGAUUGUCAAGCUGCUCAACGAUGUGCUGGACGGCCUCUUUGCCGUGCUUGUGGAGUACUCGGGCAACGGGGAGUACGAAGACCUCGUAUUUACCGCCCUCGUCAGGGUUUUGGGCAUCGUGCACGACAGGCGUUUCAAUCUCGGACCCCUCGUCGACCACUACGCCGAGACACGCUUCAAUUACCCCUUUGCCACACCAUGCCUUGUUCAGUCUUUUACGAGGCUUUUGGAGAAGCCGACCGAGCCGGAGACGUCCCGCAAGCUCCGCGCAACGUUCAAAGUCGUACGCCAUAUUCUCAAGUUCAUCACUCACGCCCGCGGCCAGCAAAAGGCCAAGGAGGCGCACCUAGGCAUCACGGCCACGACACCCAGCUUUACGCGCAACCUCCGAACCAUUUUCAAGGCUCUCGACGCCAUGAUGCGAAAUCCCGCUCCGACCCUCAUCGGUAGUCAAACCCUUGCCGUGCAACACUUUCACACUUGGCUACCCGAGCUGUCAGGUCUCUUGACGACGGAAGAGAUCCUCCACAUCGCCAUUGACUUUAUGGACUCGUGCGCUGGGGUCAAGGGCAAGUUGGUGCUGUACAAGCUGAUUCUCAUCAUCAACUAUUCCAAACUCAAGAUCUUUUCGCAGCCCGAGCAACGCUCUGUUCUUAGCGCCAACACUGUCCGAUGGAUCGCACCGCACUGGGGCCACAUCGCCGAAGUCACCGAGCAAUGGCGCGAGCAGGUGAGGCUGUGCUGUUCGGUCGUGGCGAGCCAUAUUGACUACAUUGGCAACGAGAUUCCCGACUAUAUUCCCAAGAUUAUCGACUCUUACCUUGUCAUCCAAGCGACACCGCGCACCUCCAAGACACGCCUCUCCCUUCUCUUCCCCACUUCUUAUCCCUUCACCCACAAAAUCCUGCCCGAGCCCGUCACCUUUGACGAAGCCCUCAUCGAACUCUCGGCCAUCUUGUCCGCGCUUUCCACGUCGCCAGCUGGCGGCAUGCAACUGGAGCUUGCCAACAGUGAUCUGACCAGCCUGCUGGAACAAACCCUCCGAGUCCACCUGAGCAUCCUAUCGGGUGAAGCUUUCCCCGCCGAAUGGCUGAGCAUCCACAUCUACCACCACAAAUCUACCAUGCGCACGCUCCAGUACUUGGCCUCCAUCAUGCUCGAGUCGUUUUUGCCCGACCCCGAUGAGGCCGAGAAUUUCAACACGGAGCUCUGGAAGAUGGCUGUGUGGAAGAUUGCUGGUGAUGUGCGUGAGCAUGGCGCAGAGCUUCUCCGCAGGACGUGGGGCGCGAUUGGAUGGGAGACGACGGCAGACGAGCGGGAGCGCUUCCAUCUUAUGAAGAUGGGCGGUUACCAGGUACAAUACGUCCCGACUCUGGUUGGCCCGAUUGUUGAGCUGUGCCUCAGCGUCCACGAGGGUUUGCGUAGGAUGGCCGUCGAGGUGCUGCAAACCAUGAUUGUGAGCGAAUGGACCCUGAGCGAGGAUCUUUCCGUCAUCCAGACGGAAAUGAUUGACUGCCUCGAUCAGUUCUUCAAAACCAAGCCCAUGACAGAGAGCAUCCUGCAAAAGCUCUUUGUGGGCGAGCUACUAGAGCGCUUCGAGUCGCUCUCGCAAAACCCCGGGGACUUGGGCGAAGCUAUUAGGGAACUCAUGUCGACGGUGGACGAAUUCCUCGACCUCCUGGUCGCCGUGCGCAGCGGUGAUGGUACGAGCGAGGCGACGCACCUCAUCAACCGCCUCCGACUGAUGGAAUUCCUACGGGACAUGCAGAAGGAGGAGAUUUUCGCUGCACGCGGACCUAUACGAGUGGGAUCCUACGAAGCAGGCCGCACCUCUAUACGACCCCGACUUCCCUAUCAGUCCCACUUUGAGCGCAAGGAGCGCAUCUACUUUGACAUGAUUAAGCAUUUCGAGGACGGGGAGGCCUGGACAAGUGCCCUCGAGGCGUACCGCGAGCUCCAGGUGCAAUACGAAACCAACGUGUUUGACUUUGCCAAGUUGGCUAGGACCGAGAGGGCGAUUGCCAAGAUUUACGAAACCAUUGUCAAGAGCGACAAGCUGGUGCCGAAAUACUACAAGGUCGUCUACAAGGGCCUCGGGUUCCCCGCGAGCCUUCGCGACAAGGAGUUCGUCUACGAGGGAGCGCCCACGGAGAGGACCUCGGCCUUUACAGAUAGGAUGCAGGAGCUUUACCCGGCGGCGCAACUCGUGACGACGGGCGACGUGGACGAAGUGGAGGGCCAAUACCUCGUCAUCUCGUCCAUCACGCCGCACCGCGACACCACACACCACGUCUUCCAGAGGGCGCGAGUACCGCACCCGAUUCGUGACUAUCUCCUCUCCUCACACCCGCAGGCGUUUUCGGUGUCGACCAAGCGCAGUACCAGCGGGCCAGUGGCGGAACACUACUCGGAGAAGCUGGUGUACACAACGGCGGAGCCGUUCCCGACGAUCCUCAGACGAAGCGAGAUUGUGGGCACGCACGAGAUCAAGCUCAACGCGCGCGAGACGGCGCUGGAGCGCACCACGCGCAAGACGCAGGAGAUGAGCCUCCUCGAGAAGCGUGUGGUCGAGGGCGACCUUGAGAGCGCACGCAUCCUCUUUGAGACGGUGGCGACGUCGGUAAACCCGGUGGCGGAGAACAGCAUUGUGCGGUAUCGACAGUUUGUUCCGGUGGCCGAGGUCGAGGAUGAGGCGGACGAGGAGGUGGAGUUGGAUCCGCAGGACAACGCGAUCAAGAUGGCGUUGGUGGACCACGCGUUUGUGCUUAGGAAGUGCUUGGCCACUUUUUCGAGGAGCUCUAUUGAUGCCUUGUCGAGGAAUCACGAGGAGCUGCAGAGGUAUUUCGAGAAUACCUUUGCCCCCGAGAUAGAGCUCUUCAUGACGCCCCAACCCCCACAGGAGGUUGGCUCGCCCGCUUCAAUCUGGCGGGGCUCUCCUCUCACGGAGACGGCACCGUCAUCCAGUCUUGUCGCGGCGAUGUCUCAGGAGGCAGGAGCGGAAGUUGCCAGCGCGCAAGCAGCCAAGGCCGGUCGUGCACCCAGGUUGAGCUUCCUUGGCGGCAAGAAGAAGGACCAGGGCAGGCAGUUUCUUCGGCUCGCACCCGAUCAAGGUACCAUCGGUGACGCAAAUCACCAACGGGGCUCCAAUGGACACGACGGCGAGUGGGUGGCGGAAUCGGGAGGACGCUCGAGCCUGGACAUUGGAGACAAGGACGGCGACAAGGGCGUGGGGAUCCACAAGAUGGGAAGCGUGAGGCGGCGGCUAAGCUUGCUGAAGCUUGGCAAGAAGGGUCCCUCGCGGCCAGCUGCGAUGGGCGCUCUCGACGAAGAGUAG